CAGCCGACCCCACGUCGCAGCUGCGGCGGGGGUGGCCCAGGGGCAUUGCAGAGAAAGAGAGAGGCACGCUCGCUGACUUGGCCUCCCUGGGUGCAGUGUCUGAGCGGAGAGAAAGCUUGAGUCCUUCAAGAUGCCAGUGUUGAAGAAGCACUGGAGAAAAAACUCCGAAAAUCCCCAGGAAGCUUCGGAGAAAGUCAAAGAGCAGCAGGCCGAGGCUGAGCUCCGGAAGCUGAGGCAGCAGUUCAGGAAGAUGGUGGAGAGUCGGAAGUCCUUCAAUUUCCGCAACCAGCAGAAGAUCACAAGCCAGUAUAAGGAGAUCGAGACCCUGAAGGAAGAGCAGGAUGAGAUCACCUUGCUCCUGAACCUCAUGAAGUCUUCGAAGAACUUGGACCUGAAUGAGAAAAACUACAUGGAGCUGCGGUUCCUGCUGCAAACGAAGGAGGACUACGAGGCCCUGAUCAGCUCAAUGAAAACGCUGCUGGCUGAACUGGAUGAGAAGAUUGUUCAGAUGGAAAAAAAAGUCAUAAACCAAAAACAGAUCGUCCUGAAAAUGCGGGAGGCCAAUAACCCCCAGAAACUGCAAAGACAGAUCCAUGUUUUGGAAACCCGUUUGAAUCUUGUCACCGUUCACUUUGACAAGAUGCUGACCACUAAUGCCAAGCUCCGGAAGGAGAUCGAGGACCUGCGGUUUGAGAAGGCUGCUUAUGACAAUGUCUACCAGCAGCUCCGCCGGCGCCUGCUGAAUCAGAAGAAAACCAUGAACGUGGCCAUUGAGCAGUCUUCUCAGGCCUAUGAGCAAAGGCUAGAAGCCAUGGCUCGAAUGGCUGCCAUGAAGGACCGCCAGCAGAAGGACAUCUCUCAGUACAACCUGGAGAUCCGAGAGCUGGAGCGUCUCUACGACCACGAGACCAAGCUCAAAUCCUUCCUGCUCAUCAAGCUGAACGACCGCUCUGAAUCUGAGGAGCAGGCCAAAAAGGAAGCGCUCACGGCAAAAAAGCAUGGUAAGAAGAACAAGGGAGAGAGCUUUGAGAGCUAUGAGGUGGCACACCUUCGGCUGCUGAAGCUGGCUGAGAACGGGAACCUGAAUGAACUCAUUGAUGAGUUUCUGGCCAAGGAGGAGAAGAACUUUGCUCGGUUCACAUAUGUCACAGAGCUCAACAAUGACAUGGAGACGAUGCACAAGAAGACCCAGCGAAUCCAGGAUGAGAUCGUCCACUUGCGAUCCCAGCAGAAAUCAUCCCACGAUGGCAACCGCUCUGUCCUGAGACAGCUGGAGGACAAACUAAAGAAGACCACAGAGGAGGCAGAUAUGUACGAGAACAAAUACAGAGAGAUCAGCCAGACCUUGGAGUACCUCAAGAACUCACUGGAGAAUCUAUUUGAGAAGAUAAACUGUGACGCUACCAAGAUUCUGGUGCAGUUAGGGGAGACGGGGAAAAUCACUGACAACAACCUUCCGCAGUAUUUUGCCAUCAUCGAAAAGAAGACCAACGACCUGCUGCUGUUAGAGUCCUACAAGCGGAUCCUGGACAUGGAAGGUGCAGAGACCGAGACCCCGUUACCCUUCAUCAACCCUUUCUGGGGCGGCUCUGCAUUCCUCAAGCCCAUGGAACCCAUCAAAGUCAUCCCUCCGGUGCUGGGAGCCGACCCCUUCAGCGACCGCUUAGAGGAUGUGGAACAGCCCCUGGACCACAGCAGCCUUCGGCAGCUGGUGCUCGACAACUACAGUUCCAAGGAGUCUCGGAACAAGGAAAACCGUGUGUACAGCUUACCUGACAAGGGGGAUGAUCUGAGGUCCAGGAAGAAGCUGAUGGUCUGAGGUAGACGAGGCUGCGUUUGUACCAUAUCCAGAAAGAGUAAACAUUUCAUUCCAUGUCCCGGGUGCCUU